AUGAAGCAAAUUCGAAAUGUAGUAGAAAGAAGUGAAGUUGGGAGCUGUGAUACCGAAGCUCCAACUUUUUACCGUGUUUUUAUUGUUUCAAGAUCAUUAGGUCCUACUAUGAAAGCCUUCUCGUCUGAGUCUAAUUUCAAGAUGUACAAAGAUUUCAAACAUAUUUCAAAAUAUCAUCCAUGCUUCAAUAGAGCAAAAGAAUUGCAAGAUAAAUUUAAAGGAUAUCCAAUUUUAUAUCUGAAACGUAAUUUGAAUGUUAAGCUCGGUUUCAGUGAAGAGAGGAUCAUGACGAUAUAUCAUUGCUUGCCUUCCGGUGAGAAUGGUGACCGGCUUUACAACAAAUCCGACAAUAAACAAUUAGUCGAAGUCUACAGGAAAGACUACAUAAGUUAUGCUAGGUAUAGGUUGAAAUUUGAAUCAACCGAGGUAAUCUUGGUCAUACACCGCAGGCUUCCUAUUGCAGAUUUCAAUGUUGGUGAAGCACGCUACCGAUUUCUACGUCAGCAAUCCUUCUUUGAACGCACCGGGUAUUUUGGUAGCGACUUGUAUAUGAUCGGUAGAAACCAGAUAAGUCUUGUUGAUGAUUUAGUGGAUGGGUAUAAAAUUAACCCAAAAAACAAGCUUGUGGGUAAUGCAAUAAUUAACUGUAUUGUGCCUCCGAUCUUAACCUCUGCCAGGAACCUCUCUACACCCUACAAGCUUGGCAGAUUGACGAACAACCACUGGUUGACAUUCGGUAUUGAUCAUAAAUUUUUCUCACUAUCUCUUCUUUCUGAUAGCAAUCUCGACAGCGAUGCCAACAACACAGUCACAUUUGAAGCUCUUGCAAUACUUUGUGUCUCAAUGGUGCUUCCUAUGUAUGAUCAUGAAGAUAGCAUACAUCGCAGAAGAAGAGAUCGGAAUAAGAGGCACAAUUUCCCUUAG